GGCGGCCCGAGCCUGCGAGUCGGGUAGGCCGGUCCGGCGCAGGCGGCGGCUGACAGGCGCUCCUCCUCCUCCUUCUCCUCCUCCUGUCCCUUCUCGUUCUCCUCCUCCUCUUCCGACGGCGCGGCUGGUGCCCAGGCGGACUGUCGACCCCCAGCUCGCGGCCCUGCAAGGCUCCAGGGCCGCUCUGGGGGAUGGACCAGGGGAAGAUGGACGAGAAUGAAUGGGGGUACCACGGCGAGGGCAACAAGAGCCUAGUUGUGGCUCACGCGCAGCGUUGUGUGGUACUGCGUUUUCUGAAGUUUCCUCCCAAUAGGAAGAAGGCCUCGGAAGAAGUAUUCCAGCACCUACAAAGCAUAGUGGACUUCGGCAAAAAUGUCAUGAAAGAGUUUUUGGGGGAGAACUAUGUUCAUUGUGGGGAGGUGGUCCAGCUGCCUUUAGAUUUUGUGAAGCAGCUCUGCUUAAAGAUACAGUCUGAACGACCAGAAUCUCGCUGUGACAAGGACCUGGACACUCUCAGUGGUUAUGCUCUGUGCCUUCCCAAUUUAGCCAGACUUCAGACGUACCAUUUUGCCGAGCACCGGCCGAUUCUGUGUGUAGAGAUCAAGCCAAAAUGUGGGUUUAUUCCUUCCUCCAGUGCCGUGACGCAUGAGAUGAAGCACAAGGUGUGCCGCUACUGCAUGCACCAGCACCUCAAGGUGGCAACUGGGAAGUGGAAGCAGAUCAGUAAAUACUGUCCCCUCGAUCUCUACUCAGGAAAUAAGCAGAGAAUGUACUUUGCCUUGAAAAGCUUGUUGCAGGAGGCACAGAACAACUUGAAGAUAUUUAAGAAUGGGGAGCUGAUUUAUGGCUGCAAAGAUGCCCGCAGCCCCGCAGUUGACUGGCGGGAGCUGGCACAUCACCUGAAGCCGUUCUUCUACCCGUCCAACGGCCUGGCCAGCGGGCCCCACUGCGCGAGGGCCGUGAUCCGGGAGCUGGUGCGCGUCAUCACGCGGGUGCUGCUCAGUGGCUCGGACAAGGGCCGGGCAAGUGCCCUGAAGUUGGGGCCUGGGUCCCCAGGGCCUUGUGUCUGUGAAGCCAGCCCCUUCAGCAGGAGCCUGCGUCACCAAGGAAAAAGCAGCCUGGAGCACUCGGGGUUGCCGAAGGGCUGUCUUCUGUACCAAACCCUUCAGGUGCAGAUGUUGGACCUGCUGGACAUCGAAGGCCUCUACCCUCUGUACCGACGGGUUGAGCGGUACCUGGAGGAGUUUCCUGAGCAGAGGAAAGCAUUGCAGAUCGAUGGGCCGUAUGAUGAAGCGUUUUACCAGAAGCUGCUCGACCUUUCCACGGAGGACGACGGGACAGUGGCCUUUGCGCUGACCAAGGUGCAGCAGUACCGGGUGGCCAUGACGGCAAAGGACUGCUCCAUCAUGAUCGCGCUCUCCCCCUGCCUGCAGGACGCCAGCUCUGAUCAGAGGCCUGUGGUCCCUGCAUCGCGGUCCAGGUUUGCCUUCUCCGUGUCUGUGCUGGACCUUGACCUCAAGCCCUACGAGAGCAUCCCGCAUCAGUACAGACUGGAUGGCAAGAUCGUCAACUACUACUCGAAGGCUGUGCGCGCCAAAGACGCCGCCCCAGUGUCAGCCAGGUUCAAGGAGAGCGAAGACUGCACCUUAGUUCUCCAUAAGGCUCUUAGCACACGGAACACGGACUGUCAUGUAGAUCUUACAAUUUGGCCUUUUAAGAAAACAGGGAUCCUACUGGAACUUCCUCAGCUGAGUGGCCAGCCACACGCCAAUCAGCACAGGCCUGUGGCUCCUGCAGGUGAGGGCACAGUGCAGACGGCCACCAUUCUGCGUGGGAUCAGCAGGGGCCACGGGACUCAGGUUGGGCAAACACAUCACGUGAGCACCAACUCCUUUCCUUUCCUUUCCUGAGUGACGCCGCUCUGAACUGUGGGGACGCACCAGCCCUGUGCCUCUGCCCUGGGCCUCCCUCGGGUGUUGGGCCGCCUCUGCAGGGCUGCCGCCCGCUGGUGCAAGAGGAGUGGCCCUGCUGGCACCCCGGGCUCUUGGUGGGGCUCCCCAGGUGCCAGGCUGCUGUGAACACGCGAGUCCUGGUGGCAGGUUCACUCCAUGGUCGGUUGUACAGGCUGAUUAUUUAUAGCAUCGUUUUGAGGGAUUAAUGAAGGCUCAUUGUAAUAUAUUAUAAUGUUAGUGAAACCGUGGAAUUAUAUGAAAAUGCUACAUGAAAUAUAAGGAGAAUAUUUUGCUGAUUGUAAAUUUUUGUGGGGAAAUUUUGUGAUAAUUUGAGAAUUACACUUGUUUGAAUUA